AUGUUUCAUGGGUCGCAGAACGGCAGCGAGCUCUUUCGCAGGGCGGCGCAGCAGUCGCGGACCACGACGACCGACUCGGAGCGGUGGCCGCGCACGUUCCUCGAGGACGCCAAGAAGAUGAAUGAUGACGCGCUCCUCCUGCGCGGCGAGUCGAUCACGCGCCAUGUUCGCCAAAAGAUUGCAAUCCAGCAUGACUUGCUUCGGCACAACGAGACGCCGAUCCGGUCCGACUAUAGCGCCGAGACAGCCACGUACACGGUCUUUGCCUCGACGCUCAUCACCGGAUCGCUCGCCGAGGUGCUCAAUGUCUUUUCGUGCGACGCGCAGCUCGGCUUCCAAGCGUUCCUGGCUCGUAUCUUUGGCGCCGAGCUCAUCGAGGUCAAGACCGCGCGCCGGCUCGCCACCGGCGUCGCGUCCUAUAUGCGCGACGACGACGACGACAGCGCGACCGUCGUCUCGGACGUCCCGAGCAGCAAGAGCAGCGACGAUGUCCGGAAGCGCAGCGUGGCCGGUGCGAUCAAACACGCCAAGUUUGAAACCAAGCGCUUCUUCUCGCGGACGCGGCACGACCUCGUGUUUCUGGAUGCGAUGCAGCAGCCGUCGCCGUCGUCGGUGCUCCGCGCGUUCAAGUCGCUCGACAACCCGACCGUGUACCGCAUGGCGGACGCGAAAUGCAAGCUCCAGCACGUCACGUCGCUCCUCUUUGGCUACCACAUUGAAGAAAUCCGGUCCGACCGCGUGCAAAUGGCGUUCUACGGCAACCAUUUUGGCCCGAAACCGAGUGGCUCGUCGUCGCCGAGCGCGUUUGGCCACCAUGUGCUCCACCGGCUUGCGAAAGGACUCGCGAUCCUCGCCGACGCCGUCGUCCGAAGACGCCUCGCGGCGCACAUCACGACGGUCGACGCCGCCGCGCUGCACUCGGAUGCGUGCACACGCUGUCUCAAGCGCACGCCGCUUCCGCAAGCAAGCAUCCGCUUCUUCUACGGUGUGCCGCUUAUCACGAAGGACGGCAUUGAGCUCGGGACGUUGUCGAUCGCAGACGACAUGCCCCGCGGCCGCAUGGCAGCGACGGCCAAGGACCGGAUGGCGCGCGUCGCCGCCGACGUGUUGGCACUCAUGGAGCAGCAGGGCCGCAUCGCGCACUCCUAA